UGGUACAUCAAAUGUUGGCAGGGGUCGUGGUUUUGUGGCAGGUUAUUCUGAUUACUUUUACUUCCUCAAAAGAUCAUUGGCAAUGUAACUUGUAGGUUGUUUUUCUUUUGAAAAUCGGUAGUUUUUUUUUUAUAUAAGUAAUGGAAAGUAUAAUGAAUAGAGGUUACAUUGGCUGUUUUAUUUGCUAGUUUGGUUUGUUUAAUAAACAGCUGAUGUAUAAAAAAUGUAAACUAAAUUACAAAUGUUAAUUUAAAUGGUUUACUAAGUCAUGAAUUCCUAAAUCAAAAUCACAAAGAUUUUUUUUAGGAAAUCAAAAAAAAAAAAAAAUAGCAACCAAAAUGGCAUUUUACCUAUUUCUUAUAAAAUAGAAAAGCCUAAGAGAACAGGUGAUAAUCACAUUCAUUUAUAUAAUUAAUGGUGCUUGUUUUCAACAUUGCAUAGUCACGAAUCAAUAUGGAAGCAGUUUUGAUAAGAGAUAUAUUGAUAGAAGCAAUGCUAAGCCUGCCAUUAAAGAGAAAAAACAAUUUGAAGGAGUUAGUUUUGUUCCUAAGACCGCCACCGAAGAUAAUAGGUCAGCAACAAGUGAUCAGGGCAGCAAUAAGAGAACUAUGCAGCAACAAGUAGUGACAUGAGUUAGGAGGGGUCGUGGCCAAGGUGUAGUGAGAGUUGAUCAAAGUAGGGUCAAGGUGUCGUGGCAGGGGUUGGAAGAAGUCAUGGUCGAUGUGUUGAUCGAAAUAGUGGUGAGCAAGGUCGUGGUCAAGGUGUUAAUCAAGGAAGUGUUCUAGGUAGUAGUGAUAGUAUUGGACUACAAUCUGAUGCACCACGGCAUACUUUGAUGUCUUCUCACAUUGAGGAUGGUGAUGGUGAUGGUGAUGGUGAUGAUGUGUCUUCAGUUCAUGUUACUUCUACGAAGUGGGGAAGCGCUUCCCAACUUCAAAUACCCGAACGAAAGAACCGUGAGUGGAUCUAUGUUCAAGUGGAUCUAGUGAUAGUAUUGGACUACAAUCUGAUGCACCACGGCAUACUUUGAUGUCUUCUCACAUUGAGGAUGGUGAUGGUGAUGGUGAUGAUGUGUCUUCAGUUCAUGUUACUUCUACGAAGCGGGGAAGCGCUUCCCAACUUCAAAUACCCGAACCAAAGAACCGUGAGUGGAUCUAUGUUUAAGAUGGAGAAUUUAGUAAUCAAACAAGAUCUACCCGAGUUAUUGGAGUAAAUCUAAAGAGUAUGUGGAAUGGUCCACGGGAAAGCUAGAAAGAUAUUCCUAAUGAGGACAAAAAGCGGUUGUUUGAACGAUUCCAAUGGGAGGAGAAAUGGAAUGUUGAAAUUUAUAUGUGCUGGGAGCGGUGUAUUGCUGGUAAAAUCCCUAAUAUGUUGAGUAGGGUACGAGAUGCUACCAAAGCAAUAGCAGCAAGAAAAGGUGUACAAGUUGAAGUCGAUAUGUCUGGUCUUGUUGAUUUUAAACCACCAUGGAUCAAAACGGAGACAUGUAAACAAAUGAUUGAAAUCUAGAAUACGCCCGAAUGGAAAGCAAAGUCUCAAAGAAACAAAAACAUUAGAAGCGAAUCAAAAGGGGGCAAACACACCCUUGGGUCACAAAAGCUAAGACAAUUGGUCGUGAACCAUCACACUCUGAGAUGUGGAAACAAACACAUCUCAGAAAAGGAAAUAGGCCGUUUGAUAAAGAUCUCGAUUGUAGAAGUUCGAUAGUUGAGAACGUUGAUUUGGAGGACGUUGAUUUGGAGGACAAUGAAUUAGAAGGGAAUUUACAAGAAAAGAAAUUGGCGUGGGUUGACGAUCGGGCACAAGAGACUUUGGAGAAAUACGAGGGAUAUCUUAUGGAGAAGUAUGGGGAGGAUUGUAUCCAGCAAUCAAUAUUUGACCAAGGCUUAUGGUUCCGAGCAGCCGGGGGAAAGAAAAAGGGCAAAGUGUAUGGGUUAAGUAAUUUUAGUGACCCAUAUGUACGUGACAGAGAAGACCAGGAGAUCGAAAGGUUGAACGUGAUCAUCCAAGAGAUAGUGAAAGAAAAAGAAGAAGAGAAAGAAAGGUUGAACGGAAUUAUUGCGGGGUUGGUGAUGGAAAAAGAAAAAGAUAAGGCGGAGAAAGAGGCUAUGAAUGAAAGGAUGACGAACAUUGAAUCAAUGCUAAAACUUAGGUUUCAAAAGAUCUAAUCAUCGAGUUAGCUUAUAAAGACUUUAUUUUGAGUAUGUAUUUUGUUGGGAUAACCAUAUUUGAUGUUUUA